AAGGUUGGACGUCGAAUACCCUCAACUUUCAAGCAGCGAAAACCCUCGUCGAAACUUCCAGCCUGCGAUACCACCUUUUCUGCCCUUUAUUGGCACGAAUUUUGCAAAUACCUAAUCCGAUACAUCACCACCACAAAAUCACCCCGCCAUGAGCUUCCGGGGCUUCCAGAAAAGCGUCAUUCGGGCGCCCCAGCAAUUCAAGUCGCGCUUCAAUAUCGGCGAGCACACAAAGGAUGCCGUCUACAUCGAUUCCGAGCGCAGAUUUCAAGAGCUGGAGACCGAGACGAAGCGAUUGCACGAUGAGUCCAAGAAAUACUUCGAUGCCAUCAACGGCAUGCUCAGCCAUCAGAUCGAAUUCAGCAAGGCUAUGACCGAGAUCUACAAGCCCAUUUCCGGUCGCAUGUCGGAUCCCGACAGUUUGGAGGUUCGCGGCAACCCCGAGGGUAUCCGUGCCUGCGAAGAGUACGAGGCUGUCGUCAAGGAUUUGCAGGAGACUCUUGCGCCAGAGUUGGAGAUGAUAGAAAGUAGGGUUAUUCGCCCAGCCAACGAACUCCUCGAUGUCGUCAAGGUCAUUCGCAAGUCGGCAGCGAAGCGCGAACACAAGAAGCUCGAUUACGACCGACACAGACAAACCCUAAAGAAGCUGCAAGACAAGAAGGACCGGAAUGCCAAGGACGAAAAGGCUUUGUGGAAAGCGGAGAACGACGUGGAGCAGGCGACUCAGGAGUUCAACUACUUCAAUGAUCUUCUCAAGGAGGAACUGCCGCGCCUGUUUGCGCUCGAGCAACAAUUCAUCCAGCCCCUCUUCCAGUCCUUCUACUACAUGCAACUCAACAUCUUCUACACGUUGCACGAGAAGAUGCAACACUGCGACAUCGGCUACUUCGACUUAACGCUUGACGUGCUUGAGGCAUUCCACAAGAAGCGAGGUGAUAUUCAAGAGCAGGCGGAGAAGCUAUCCAUCGUGAAGUUCAAGACGACUGGUCAGAGACGUCCAGCAAAAUACGGCGGCCGUCCCGCAAUCGAGGGCAAGCCUCAACACCUGCUUACCGCUGGACCUUCUUCCUCUUCAGCUGCAUCAACAACCUCAGCAGCGCCCACAAAGUACGGUGGUUACACCAAGCAAGGAGAAGUCGCCGACUCGAACCCGCCGCCUCCAUACUCUCCUCCGCCCACGAACGGAACUUCUGGUGGAGGACUCGCCGCUAUCGCUGCAGCAAAGUCAAAGCCUCCUCCGCCCAAGCCCAAGCCCAGCCGACUCAGCGGAGCGCCGGCGGCAGAGCACGUUACCGCCUUGUAUGACUACGCUGCACAAGCUGAGGGCGACCUGAGCUUCAGGACUGGCGAUGUCAUCGAGAUCAUCAGCAGAACAAAAAACGAGAAUGAAUGGUGGCAAGGUAGAUUGAACGGAAAGACUGGGCAGUUCCCAGGGAACUAUGUGAAGUUGAACUGAGUGGGACCGUUUGACUCCCAACCCACCAAUAACGAUCGACACCCGUGAUCUUUACUCAAAUACACUGUGCCGCAGAGGCACAUUAAUGAACAACUGCUAGGGCAUCGAAAGGGAAGCGCGAAAUACUUGCAUUUGGGAUCUUCGGCGUACGCAGAAGGGACUGCCCCAUCAUUUCGAGUCGGAAAACACUUGGGAGAGGAGUGAAUGCAAAGGGAGAGAAAGUGAGGGAAACUU